AUGGUGGUGUACAACACGACGCACAACUCGCGCUACCGCCUCUUGCAGCGUAUUGGCAUGGGCGCCUUCUCCUCUGUCUAUCUGGUGCAGCACAAGACGACGGGCAAGAAGUGCGCGCUCAAAUACAUUCCAUGCAAGGGCGACCGCGAGCGACUAGCAGCGCUGCGCGAGUGCGAGGUGAUCUACUGCCUGCAAGGGCACCCGCAGGUGAUCCGUAUUGUGGACAUGUUUAUGAACUACGAGUUCCAAAGUGCAUCGGCGUCGCCCACCGUCGCCGGCUCUCCUACCACAUUUAUGACGAACUCUGGAUGUAAAGGGCAGGCGUCUGGCCAGCAGAGCUCGCGGUCGUUUCCUGGCGUCCCACCAAGCGCGCCGGCAGCAACCGCCGCCACCCUCGCACCCUCCGCGAUCGCAAAGCCGGCGCCAGCGCCGCCCUCUGCCGCCCCGGCGAGCACGAACACCACGUUGGUCGCGGGGCGGAUGAAGGGACUCAACGACGCCGCGAUGACGAAGGUGGGGCUGGGCAGCUCCACCGAGUUCCGCGCAGCAGCGCACGGCGAGGAUGGCGAUGGUCAUGUUGAUGACAGCUGCGUGGAUAGUGACAGGUGUAGUGAGAGGCGCCGGCGCGGCAGCUGUCCGCGCAUGCGCCGAUCCGUCGAAGGAGUAGCCUGGAGUGCCUGCAUGGUCAACGCUGACCAUGCCAGUGACGGGGAAAAUGAAGAGAGCGCCUUCAGUGAGCACAAGCAGCAAGGCAAGCAGUCUAUGCGCGCGUCCUCCGGGUGCUGUUCACGUCCGCCUCCGUACAGCGUGCAGCACACGAGUCAAAGUAGCAGCAGCGUCCAUUCUCCCCUCGGCGCCGCCGGUGGAGGGGCGCAAGGGUGCGGACACGUACCUUUGCAGUCUGCUCAUCACUCAUCGACUACAGCGUCCACCAUAGCGUCAGCGGCUCGUGCUGCCGCCACCGGUGCAUUGUUCCCACCUCGUGACGAGGCGCGCGCCGACCUGCCCCACGUGGGUUGUCACGCGACCGACGCACCAGAUGUGGUGGUCCAUAACGAGAGCGUCACCACCGCGACAAAGAUGCACCCCUGCUUUCCAUCGGCGACGCGCAACGCUGCGGUGAGUCGAAGCAGCGAAGUCAGUCAUGAGCCUGGCACCCUUGAGGACUACGACGGCGGCGAUGGUGUUCACAGUGGAAGACGAGUGGAACAAAGGCAGAGCACGACGAGCGAAAGGACCAAGCCAGCAUCGCAGUCGCGCAGGGCGUCGUCGGAGGGCCGCGGCUCAGAUGGAGCAGAGGACGGCCAUGCUGAUAUCGACGCGCGCAGAGAGGAGCGGUGGACAGGACUGCGCGGUGAUGCCGACGCAGAUGAAAGGCGCAGCUGCAAAGGCAGCAAUGCGCGCUCUAGUGCUACCAGCUCCAGCGGUGCGGAGGAAGAGCCCAUUCAGCCGAUCCACCGCAUCUUCGUGCCGCCACCGUACGUGCACCCACCGUCAAACAGAACGGCUGCUGCGCCUAAGAGCUACAGCAUCUGCAGCAACAACAUCGUGAGCAACGCAGUCACUGGCAAAGGUGCCGCCUCGGUGCUGCAGCCGCAGAACCCGACCUAUGCGACAGGUGGGGGAAGCCCCACAGUGCGCCACCUGUGCUCCGCCUUUCCGACCGCCACAGCCGGCGGGUCGCUGCCAGCAACCGCACCUCCCCCACCGUUCGCGGACGCUUCCGCCUCGCUCGUGUUCUCGUCGCCGUCACCGUCGGCGGCCGCGAGCCUGCCUGACACAGCUGGUAGGAUUCUCCACACGUCCACCCUUCCGCACCAGCAGCAGCACUCGCAACCCAUACCGCCGUGUGUGGCCUCUUACGCCCCUGCUCGUGCUGCCGCCUCAUCUGCAGACGUCAAGAACACCGCGACAGGUGAGCCUCCGGUGCAAGUCCCGAUCCGGUACAAGGACUUUGUGCUGUCGCCCACAACCGUCACCGCACAUGCCGCCGCAUCGUGGCCACACGUUCUAGCGACGCAGGCAAACGCCCUUGCAGAUGGGCAGGCGCACCGGCAGCUAGCCAACCGCGGCGAAUGUCCCGCUCCGCCGCCAUGCAACGCCGCCGCUAAGGCAGGCUCAGGAGCCGCGGGAGCUGGUGCCAUUGGCCGGACAGUGGAACGCCAAACUGGUGAGUGUGUGAACCCCUACCUAGAGCGUGCCCGCGGCCGCGAGCCGGUGCCGCCGCCGCGCACGUCGUACGCACCAGGUGGUGGAGUGCGCUACAACAGCCUCACUGUGCCGUAUGUCGUGGCUCCGACGACGUUGCAGGCCGCGGCGAAGGGGAUGCCCGUUCAGUCUAGCAGCCCCUCCUCUUCACUGACGCUGAGCGCAAGCGGCACCGGCGUCAGUGCCUUCGACAAGCGGAAAGCGAGUGCCGGACAAGGAUGGCGCUUUGAGGUCAUGGGCGCGGACAGCAGCUCACAGGACUCAUACGCAUCGAUGCCCGCGUCCCAGGCUGCACGCCUCACAGCUUCACGGUCUUUGCUGAGCACUGCCCCGGCGGUGGCAAUGCUGGUGCGCAACACGUACGCGCCGCUUCGGUACGGAAACGUGGUGCAGUCCAAUACGGCGUCACCGGCCACGUCUAGCAUGGCGAGCUCCUCUCUCGCGCCGCCACCAUCACCUCCACUGCAGAGGCAGCUGCCGCAAAUACCUUCAGCUGCUUUCAUUGCUGCUGCUGCCGCUGCACCGGCGGUGGGCAGUGGGCGUCUCAGCGUGCCUGGUGUCCUUCGGACGGCGCGUGCGGGUCAGCAGGGAGAGCGUGAGGACUGGGAUGAGGGCAAGCCCCGCGUGAGCGCGUCGUCGCUCCCAAAAGACGCUGGGUUGGUCUCAACGCAAGCACCACCGCUGCUUCAGCUACCCGGUCCAGCGAACCAGGCCACUGGUACGUACUUUCUUCGGUCGGUUGGUCACGUGAACGGCGCUGACACCGCGACGCACGCGGAAAUACCCCGCGCUCCGCACGGGGAGGGGCGACCGCCCGCGGCGGCCUCGGCUCCGGAUGAAGCCCCAUCUCCUACAAAACUUCUGUACACGAACCUUGGUGUUCUUCUCACCGGCCCCAGCAUGACAACCGACCCCGCGAUCGCCACAACGACGCACCUUCUCAGCACUGGUAUGCGACCACCAUCGCCGCGGCACCUCCGAUCGAACUCUUACGCCGCCGAUGAUGCCGACAGGAAGCGACAGCGCGGCUACGGCAACGUCGGAUUAACUGGCGCGGCACCGUCUCCAGUACGGUACACCAACGCUGGGAACCCGAGCCUGUGGAACGCCUACAACGCGGGUGCGUCCUCGGCGGGCGCGGAGUCCGCUGCUGCCAUUGCUGCGCUGAGGGGCGUGUCGCCCAGGAUCGGUGCGGGGACCCCUACAGUCGCCUGCGCCGGCGAGAGUGACACGAACGACGGCAAGAGCAGCAAGACGAAACAUACGAACGGCAGCAGCAGUCCCCUGCAAGAUGCCUGUGACACCGGCUAUCUGUGCCUCGUAAUGGAGCACCACCCUAUGGGCGACCUCUGCCGGUACGCGCUGCGCGCCCAGCAUGAACUGGAGACGCGGCGCCACCGCCAGCAGCAGACCCAGUCGCAAGCACUGGCAUGCAGCAGUUUGAAGAGCAUGGGCAUCCCGCAGCCCAUCACGUCGCCGGUAACCGCGAUGACGCAAAGCAGGACAUGUACGCCAGAGCGAAGCUCUGUUCAGCAACCGCCAGCCCCCGCAAAGAACACGAGCGAGCGCGACGGCGGUGGCGCCGGGGCGGAGGCAGGGGAGCCGAGCUCACCGCGUUCUCUUCACCCAUUAUCGCUCACGCAUGGUGGGGCAGCGGGGUCAGCAGCGGCGGCCUCGGCCCUGCUGGUUGCGGCCGCAGCUGCCACCUGGACGGCGAAAGUGGCUAUGAGUCGAAAGGACCUCCACCAAGCGCUCUCGGCCGGAGUCGGCGGUCGUGGUAACACCUCUGGAUGCCAUAUCGCCAGCGGCACCGAUGGUGACGAGCGCGCCAGCGACUUCGAUGCCCAGCGAGCAGCCUCUGCUGCGGCCGAUCCCACGAGUGACAACCCCCUCACGGAGGCGCAGCUGCUUUCCAUUGCGUAUCAGCUGGCCUCGGUGCUCGAUCACAUGCAUCAGCAGAACCCGCCCAUCGUUCACCGUGACUUGAAGCCCGAGAACAUCCUCAUCAAAGGCGAGCUCAUCGACUACCUCGACCUGCCUCUCUCCGCCGUUUUGGCGAGCACCAGCAGCACGCCGCCCUUCACAACCCCGGCGGCAGUCAUCGAUGCCACCGCCAGCUCUUUGACGUCGCUGCCACCGAUCCGAAUCACGCGCGCUGUGGUGCCCAUUGUUCUCAUCGAUUUUGGCCUUGCAAUCCUACAAGACAUCCACGGCCGCUCGCACGGCAGCCGUGGCGGUGGCACCCGUCCAUACAUCGCACCAGAGAGCUGGAGGGGCGGUACGUGCACGGCUAGUGACGUUUGGAGCCUCGGCUGUGUGCUGUACGCACUCGCCACGUGCCGUCUCGUUGCCGAGGAUGUUCGCAUCAUGUCGCAGGAGGCGAAGCGGGACGGGUUUGCUUCGCGCAUACUGAAAGACAUCAUCGCAAGCAAGUACUCCCUCGCCUUUGCGAGCUUUGUCGUGUCGCUGCUUGUCGUCGAUCCGGCAAAACGGCCGACGGCGGCGCAGGCAGCGCGGUGCUUCUGCGUCGCAGACGGCGAAAUUCGCUUUGACCUCAGUAGCCCAUUCUUCAGCAACGUGCUCGAUCUCUAG